AUGAAGCUUGAUUGGUCUCUAAUCCCUUUCCCACGCAAACCACAAACACGUACGAACGAAAGAACGUGAAAUUAAUUAAUUAAAUUAAAUAAUUUUAACAGCAAUCGGCGCGAUCAUCGUUCCUUGCCCUCCCAGAGGCCGGCAUCUUUCCGCCCUUCCAUGGAGGAGCGGGUCCCACCUGCCGGAGACGACAGCCGGGAGGUUGGCCCUGCAUCGCCGGCGACUCCACCUGCCGAGACCUACGUGGUCCAGAUACCCCGCGACCAGGUGUACCGCGUGCCCCCGCCGGAGAACGCGAAAAUCGUCGAGAGCUACCGCGGACGGUCGCAGAAUAAGGACACCGGCCAUCUCCGCAAAUGUUUUUCUGGGUUCGUUGCCCCACUCCUCCUCCUCGUCAUCUCCGUCGCCGCCUUUGUUGCCACCUUCAACGUUCUCUACGCCGCCAAAUCCCCCAAGUUCUCCGUCGCACGCGUCGAUUAUCAGCCCAAGAAUUCCACAUUCGCGAUCACGCUGCGCGUUGAGAACGGUAACGAGAGAAGUACGGCGUCGCUUGGCAGCGGAGGGAGAUGGUCUCUGCUUUUCAAGAACCGCGCAGUUGCGACGGGGAGAUUCCCGAUUCCAGGUCCAUCUGUUUCGCUGGAGCCAGGCGGGAGAAAGGACGUGGAUUUGAACGCCCCAGUCGGCGGUAAACUUUCCGGUGGCUUGCAGAGGGAACUAGUCGACGGGAAGGCGCCGAAAUCCAUGACGUUGAAGGUCAGUGGCGUGGCCGUGGAGAUUUGGAGUUGGGCUAAGGGAAUGAAGAAGAAAGAGGGAACUAUUAUCACGUGCGAUUUCAAGGUGGAUUCUCUGAUCAAGAAAACCAACAAGCUUUUAUUGUCUCAAGAAUGUCGAACCAAUUUUUAGAUGGAACUUGAAAUUAAUCUGGCUUUAGUCUUGCGCUCUAUUGAUCUUGAUAUGCAGGUGUUUAUGUAAUGUAAACUAACAUCCCAUCUAAUUUUACUCUUAAUUCACUUUCACUCCUUAGAUACAUAAAACUUUUAGGCAUACACUAACAUCCGAGCUAUUUUCUGUUUAAAAUUAAAUGCUUAUCUGUUCUUUACGCAUUUCCAUGUUUUAGUAAGUUGUUGAGUAGUGGCAGAAAAACAGGAGAGUUCACUGCUUAUAUCUGAUUAAGUGUAUAUAGUUUCAUGUCUUGUUAUAAUGUAGAGAGUCCCAUUCAUUCAA